CAAAAUGGGUUGUGGUGUUUCAAGCAUGAUGAAUGCUGACAUGAUGGACGCACCGUCCCCCGCUCAUGGUGGGAGAAUGAUUCAUCCAAAGAGAGAUAGAGAUAGAGAUAGAGAUGAUACAAUCCAAUAUCCUGCUUCUCCAAGCUUUAGGGUCUAUUUUAAACAAAAUGAUUCUCAAGAUGAAGUUGAUGGAGUUAAAAGCAUGCCCUACACUUCCAGAGAAUCAUCAAUUACAAAGGUAUCAAAGAAGGAAAAGAAUAAAGAAGGCAAAAAGAAAAGAAUAUUGAAUGUGGGAUAUUGUUGCUCUGCACAAGAUGUCAGCUUCCAUCGUCUUCCUGAGAAACCUAUGGCGGCUUAAUCAUAUCUAAAGUACGGGGCAAACAAAUUUAUUAAUUACAUCUAUAUAUAUGCAUUUUGGUUCGCCUUUAAUUUUGGAUGUAUAUAUUUGAUCAUCUCUCCUAUCCUAUUUAUGUAAUAUUCACAUUUUUAUCUAUAAGCGCCUGUCAUCAUUUCAUCAAUAUUUCAAACUUACUUUGAUCAAUCUCUAUUA